UCUCUCAUUAGACAUAUGAAGUCACAUGACUGAACCAAAAGUCAGAGUGUGAGUAAAAUGUACGUUGUAGAGUGUGAGCUGAAUAUGAAGAAACUUGAAGACUUCUGGAUAUUUUUAUAACCAUUUGCCACAGAUGAGGCAAAACCAUGAGUUCAGGUGUGGGCUCUGUCCCCCAAGUGCACAUCUCGGGGCCAGAGGAGGAUGGGGUGCAGGUGGUGUACACGGCCUCGGGCUGGUUCCCGGAGCCCCAGGUGCAGUGCAGAGACCCCCGUGGGGAGCAGUUCCUGAAGUUCUCCAAGGUCCAGGCCCAAGACACUGAGGGGCUGUUCAGCGUAGAGGCCACUCUGGUGGUGAGAGACAGCUCUGUGGGGAGUGUGACCUGCUCCAUCCUCAACCCCACCCUGAGCCAGGAGAAGGCCAUGGCCAUUGUCAUCCCAGAGCCCUUCUUCCCCAGGGCCUCUCCCUGGAAGCCAGCUUUCCUGGUGAGCCUGCCCUUGCUGCUGCUCCUGCUCCUGGGGGCUGCCUGCUACACCCAGAGAGAACAUUCCACACAGAUGCGGGAGCUGCAGGAACAGGGGGAUCUGGGCCAGGCUAAGGAGGAGGACAGACAGACCAAGGAGGAGGCCCUGAAGGGCACAGGUGAACUCCAGGCAAUUCUAGACCAGAGGAAGGCAGCUUACCUGGCUGCCUGGAGGAAGGCCCAGCUGUACGCAGGAAAGGAGGAACCUGUCAGGGAGGGCGUCUGGGGAGACACCCCACCCUCUCCUUCCUCCCAGAUGUGACACCAGUGAGAAGGGGACAAGCCCAGUGUGGGGAUCCAGAUGCCCAUGGAGGAAGGAAGUGGAUGGUC